AUUAUAUACAGUUCUGAAUGAGAUAAUGUUGCACAACGGUGGGUUGACACUGAACACAGUGUGAUCUCCAAUAUAGCACGCAAUAUAGAUAUUGCCAUUGUGCAUGAUUUUUAGGCUAAUAUUACCCACAAACCCUUCUUCUGCAACAGAAAAGGUACAGGGUUGUUUUGAAUUGCAAAUAAAAGUCAAUUAGGAAAUUUAAAAAGACCGACUUUAUAUUAACAUAAUAAUAUAAAGACAGAACUUGAUAUUAAUGUAUAUUAUAAAUAAGUAUAUAUAUAUGUCAUAUAUAAUACAUUUUUGUGGUCUUACAUUUUUAAGAAUUAUGGUAAAAUAGUUGAAAUGACUUGUAAAGCCAAUUUGAUUGUACUUAAAAUUUUCAAGUAAUCAAAAACUACAGUCAAGAUGGAUAAAUGUUGCCAUCUGGUGGUCAUUAUUAAAUAUGCAGGUCACACAUCAACGGUUUUUGUAAUCCUGUUUAGUAGUUUGAAGUGUUAUGUAAGUAGUUGUUGUGUUUAUGUAAACACACACACACAAAAAUUCGGGUAUCAAACUUUGUCUGUUUGUUUAUCUGUCUGUCAAUGUCAAGUUGUUAUGUGUAGAAUAAAUCGUUUUAGCUUCAAAUUGUGCUUCAUAUGCAUUAAAAGUAUGUUUGUAGUGCCAAACUAGAAUAGCUGUGUGCAAUAAAAAAAACUGUGCAGUGUUAAACGAAUUAAAAUAAAAAAAAUUAAUCAUAAAAAUUUAAUAUUAUUUAGUGCCACAAAAACAUAAACAAAGAUUAUUUGAAAUAAAGUAAAAAUACAGUAGGAAUAAAAUCAAUAUAAAUAAAUCAAAGUGUGUUAUUAACAGGAAAUCGUGAAAGAAAAUCAUAUUGUAUCUCUGUGUGGGUUAUAAAAACUCAUCAAAACUGUAGAAAUGUGGCACGCAUUAACGCCUGCAACCAGGAAUGCCAUUUUGUGUGUGUUUGACUGUGUGUUUACACAUUUGGAAAUAUAUUAUUUACAUGUCAUUGUGUCUUUAUGUAUUCUAUAUUAUAUCACCAGUAAUUUCAAUACUUGGGUAUAGAAUCAUCAGACAGGAAAGAGGAAAAAUCCUCAUAUGAGUGUGUGUGCAUACCAACAUGACUGAAUACACACACAUACACGCACACAAAUGGACCACAGCGUUGAUCUCUAUACCCCGUAAUCCCACCUGUCUUUUUCCAGAAACCACUGACUCAAUUUUUGGACCUGGUUUUCAUGACAAAGCGAAUGUCCUCUUUACACAGAGAUGUCUGGUUAUAAAAGAGGCAUGCUGGGAUGGGCCUGAACCAGCACAGCUCCUCACUACCCCUCCACAGGCGCAUCCCCAGCCGAACCUCUGCAGAAUGGGCCGGGUGAGUACGAAGAUAAUUUUCUACGAGGAUAAGAACUUCCAGGGUCGUCGGUACGAAUGCGACAGCGACUGUUCUGACUUCCACGCCUACCUGAACCGGUGCAACUCCAUCCAUGUGGAGAGUGGAGCUUGGGUGGUGUACGAGAGGCCUAACUUCAUGGGCUGCCAGUACGUCCUGACCCGGGGCGAGUAUCUGGAUUACCAUCGCUGGAUGGGUCUCAAUGAUCGCCUCUGUUCCUGCAAAACGAUCCACUUUGUCAGUGGUUCCGAGUACAAGAUCCAGCUCUACGACAAAGGAGACUUCGGUGGCCAGGUAUACAAGACCACCGAGGACUGCCCGUCCGUGGUGGACCGCUUCCGUACCCGCGAGGUCCACUCCUGCAAGGUGCUGGAUGGGAUCUGGAUCUUCUACGAGCACCCAAACUACAGGGGGCGCCAGUAUCUACUGGAAAAGGGGGAAUACCGUAAACCCGUGGACUGGGGUGCCGUCUGCCCCACGGUCCAGUCCAUCAAACGCCUGACGGAGUAACGUCUAACCUCUAAAUCCAUCCAUAUUCAGUCCUCCUAACCUCCAAACCGCCCGACCACGGCAGCACCAGUACACCUGUGCUGAUAUAAUAAACGUGUU